CUGCACGGCCAGGCGGCGCUCUUUGUUUGAUUCGGUUCAAAAGUGGUUCGAAGUAGGACGGGUAGUCGUCCUUACAUCGCGGCAUCUUGGCGUUGGUCUUUCAUGUGCAAAAUGAUUUCCUCAAAAGAUGUUCAUGGCAUAUGGAUAGAGAUGAACGGCGGGUGCUUAGUUGACGGAUUGUUUCUCCUCUACAAUCUACUGUUUCUUUCCUACUACUCUACGGAUGUCUUGCUGCGACUUGUCGAGGCAUGUUCACGCGUCGGGAUUUCUUUUCCUUGGCCACGCAUGUCGAUGAUAACGAUCAUGAGUUUCCUGUCAUAUAGAGAUGCGAUUCAAUUGCAUGUUAGUUACUUAAGAUGCUCCCGACUUGCGAGGUUUAUGUGUAUCGACUAAUCUAACAGAGCCUCACGCAUCUAGUUCACCCACACAGACCUCGAGACUAUAUCGAACGUCGAGACACUUCGCCACCAAACUGAAACGCAAGAG